AUGUGUACAUAUCCUGAACAUACAACAAGAGAGAUAAGACCAGAAUACAUACACCCAGAUGGUCUUCUCAACUUUGACCCGUACCUCUCCGAUUUCAAAACAGAAACAGAAGAAGAAGAUGAUUACAUACCUCUACCAGAAAACGAUGAAACUAUAGACGGCCUACCAAUAUUUCUUCUAGAACCUAAAAAUUCUUAUGUACUAAGGAAUAGACCAGCAAAUUUGCUUUGUAGAGCUGCAAAUGCUUUACAAGUAUACUUUAAAUGUAAUGAUGUGAAGACAGAUAAAACUGUUCAGUUAGAACAUGUUGACCCUCAUAAUGGAGUGAGGGUUGUUGAAGCAGAACUAAAUGUUACUAGAAAUGAACUCGAUGGGAGUAGCAAUAAGUAUGGUUGUGAAUGUUACGCUUGGAAUAGCAAGGGCAAGAUACGAAGUCAAAGUAUUUUUAUCGAAUUCGCAUACAUAAAGAAGCAAUUCAUACAUCAGCCAUCAUCAGCUACUGUGGAAGCUGGUAAAACAGUAACUUUUAGGUGUGUCCCUCCUCCAGCAGCGCCCACGCCUACCAUCAAAUGGACAAGAAAUGGCAUCACCAUUGAACCAACAGUAGAAACUCUUGUCCUGCCUAAAGUUACCUUACAGGACAUGGCUAACUACACGUGCGUGGCUGAGAACUUCGCUGGACGGAGAGAGUCUGACGUCGCUGUAUUGUCUAUCUACGUAAACGGGGGAUGGUCGGAAUGGUCACCAUGGACCCCAUGCCGCUGCGGCACACAGACGAGCGGGCGUCGGCGCACGCGCAGCUGCACAGAGCCAGCGCCCGCCAACGGCGGCGCCCCGUGUAGGGGACAAGCGACUCAGAGUGAUGAAGAAUGCGUGACAUGUGGAACUUGGUCACCUUGGAGCUCUUGGUCUAGUUGUAGCGGUGACUGCGUCAGGGUCAGAAGACGUCAAUGUACUGGUAACUGUGCUGGAUCUACGCUUCAACAUGCAGCUUGUGUGGAUGGACUGUGUACUACUGGAAUGAGAUUCUACACAAACAACACUACUCUGUAUGUAGGAGUUGGGAUCACGAUUGCAAUGUUGCUUGCUGGAGUCGCCAUAUUUUACGUCUGGUGUAAGUACAAGAACAGGCCUGGAUACGCAGCUGGCAGAAUAGGUAUACCAAAGACACAUCCAGGUCGAGACAAGAAUAACGCAGCUCCUGAUCUGACAAGGACUUGUAACGAAUAUUGGAUGCAGGGUCCAGACAACCACUAUGAUAUGCCACAUGUUCGAGACAGCUAUUCAUCCCCAUUUGGGAACCGCAGUAGACAGCAGUCGUCAACCGGAAGUAACCAUUACGAGAUGAAGCCUUACAGCCCUUCCGGUGACUCCGCGUCCAGUUGCUACACCAAUUCGAGAACAAUGACAUCAAGAUCAAGCGAGUGCUCAUCGCAAUUGGCGGAACUGACGUCAUCACCGGUAUCUAAGGUGGAUGUAGCAGUGACACUGCCUUCAGGACACAUAGACACCAGUUAUAGAGAUAAAAUAUGUUUAACUAUUGUCAAGUGA